CUUCCUUGACCGGGAUCUGAUCGAUCGAACUUCUACGCGACCCCGUCUACGUAUCCUUAUACUCUGUUUGUAUUAGAUUACCAUCCACCGAUCCUCCACUCGAGUGAUUCCAUCGAUCGACGCGACAGUAACGGGAGCCAGGCACACGCGCACACACACGUCAUUCACCACGCUGGUCAUCACUUCUCAACCCAGCAAAAGCCUCAUCACAACUUGAAGACCAGCAGAGGAACACACUUCUAAUCCAGGACCGUCAGCAAACGAGUUACAGCGGCAGAGUGAGAGAAUGUUUACUUUCAAUGCCUCUGGCUCAUCCACUAAAAAAGCCGAUUAUGUGCCCUCGACCUAUAUCGCCAAGCAGCUGGCUCUCGAGGAGGAAGCACGGAGAAGCAAUGAUCUGAGCGGCCUAUACGACUCGCCUCACCGGUCAUCGCAGACGGAUUCGGGUCCUCACUGGUCAAGUCCAAGCGCCGUGCUUGCCCCGGGGUACAGUUCAGGCCCAUUAGGAUACGACCUGCCAAGGACGACACCACAAUCGACAAUUCCAGGACACCUAUUAAGCCAGUCGACUCGUGUGCAGGAGCCCGUUCCUGAUAAUGGCGCAGGAGUUGGUCAAAAUGAAACGAGCGUGCGGUCGGGUACUUUAGAGUCAACUUUUGCAGUAUCGUCACCAGGAUCGAGGGGCAUCUUGAGGAAUGACCGUCCAGAGCUUAGCAAGGAUGAUCUACAGAAGCGAAAUGCGUCGGUCCGCUUUUCGUCUGUGGCUCCAGAAUUGAACACACCUCGGCCGACGACGCCUUCGGUCUUUAGUCAGAGCGGUGGGGCGAGUCCCUUUUUCUCAACGGGCCAUCUCUCGAAUGGCAGCAGUAGUUUGGCGAACUUGCAAUCGGCACUCAAGGACGACAAGAUCGAUAUUCUGAGCCAUAGAGCUGCAGCAGUGACACCGUCAUUGAACGGCAGCUUGGGUCCAGCCUUGGGUUCUGUCUCAGGAACGAAUCAGACAACACAGCCAUACAACUCUCCAAAAAUGCAGAACCAGAUGGCGUCAUCUUCGAUGAGGACGGGUAGCAUAUCCGGCCCAGGAGCGGCUACUGGGUCCUCGUUUUAUUUGAGUCUGGAUGGCAGCGGGUUAAGGCAAUCGAACAAGAUGUCGAACACGCUUGGCAAGACCGCAAGGGACGAGGAUGAACAGGACAAGGAGAAGGAACGCUAUAUGCCGGCCAUCCUGCUUAGCACUCCGUCUGCAUCAAAGAGCGCGAAAUUAGAGUCGUUUGUGGAAGGAACCAGUGGAAGAUCCGGAUGGGAUAAUGAUCGUUUUCAGCAAACAGAACCAAGCAGUGAGGGACAUUCACGUUUGGCACCACAUUUGAUUGGAGAGGAUGCCCCGCCUGCCGAUACCCUUUACGACAUCGCCAAUAAAGAAAAAUACUAUUCGCGGCCUACAUCAAUGCUAUCAUCGUUUUUGGCACCUAAUCAGGAUACCAGGCAAGUACUGCAUACAACCUGUAUUUGGCAAAAGCGAGCUGACGCGCAUGAUGUCGACAUUACCCAUCUGACAUGAAAUUCUCAUUUGUCCUCUCUCUAUUAUCUUGCUUUUUAUCUCUCGCUAUAGAUCCAAUACAGAGACUGAUCACCUUGGGAAUUCGUUA